UGCGAGAGCUGGUGUCGUAGUAUGAAUGGAAGGAAUUGCAGUUUAGAUGUGUCUCUAGUCUAGUAAACCAAAUGUGUUUAUUAUAUGCUUUAGUGGUCGAGAUUUGUCAGGAAAUGGAUCCAUUAAAAGCACAACAGUUAGCGGCAGAAUUAGAGGUGGAAAUGAUGGCUGAUAUGUAUAACAGGAUGACUGGUGCUUGUCAUAAAAAGUGUGUUCCUCCACACUACAAAGAGGCCGAACUGUCAAAAGGGGAGAGUGUAUGCCUCGAUCGCUGUGUUUCUAAGUAUCUGGACAUCCAUGAGCGAAUGGGAAAGAAGCUUACCGAGCUGUCUCUGCAAGAUGAAGAGCUGAUGAAGAAAAUGCAACAGGGUGUGACUUCCACAUAGUAACAUUGCCAGCAAAAUAAGGACAUAUAAGUUCUGUAUUACCAUAUUUUUAUGGUGGGAAAAAAAAAAUAGUGAACAGACUAUACUGAUCUGAAGGAAAUCUACUGGACUUUUCAUUUCCAUUAUCUAAGUGACUGAGAACAGUUUUUCUUCACAAAAUAUUGUAGGAGUUGGAUUUUUGAAAGCUGGAUAAUUAUCUAUGCCUUUUAUUUCCCUUUUUUUUAAACAGUCCUGUUGGGAGAAUGAAAAGUCAGUGUAUUAGAGUGUAGCUUGUUUGUUCUAACCAUGUAGUAUUUACUAAAGUGUGCUAAAGAAUUGUGUUACUUGUGCUGAUGAAAUCCAAGUUCCGGUCAUUCUAAUCAAUUUAUUUCUAUUGGUCCAAUAUUGUAUUCUGUAAUAACACUGAAAAGUGUUAAGGCAACAGUGACUCAGAUAUUGGUUAUACCCCAACUUAUUGCUUUUUUGUUGCCCUUGCUGGAUUGCAGGUUGCAUCAUAUAGCAGAUUACUAUCAGUGGCACAGUGAUCUCUCUUUAGUUUUUGUAACAUAUAAGCUGUUCUUAUUCAAAAUUCACAAACUGCAAUAGAAAACAUGCAAUUAAAUAAUUAUUUUCUCUUAUACAAUAAAAGUUACCUUACUCGUAGUGCUGUUUUAUUUGAGGAUCUAACGGCUAGACACUAUUUUCCUCUUCCUGGAACAGUAGCUUUUGAAUGUUUGAUCUGGAGAGUUAGUUAAAGGGAUUCUGUCAUGAUUUUUAUGGUGUCAUUUUUAUUUCUAAAUUACAUUGUUUACACUGCAAAUAAUUCACUCUACCAUAUAAAAUGUAAUUCCUCAACCAA